AAACGAUCAGGAUCCCUAGAGACAUGCUAUUAUCCUAAGACACGAAACUCCGUAGCGCAAGAAUAUUUGGUAACGCUACCAGCGUCGGGGUUUAAAACUGGAGUGAAUCAAGAAUCGCGCAGAUCACCACCAUCUUGACUGUAAAUGAGCACGAGGUGUUGAUGCAUGUUGCGACUAACAGGUUGUUAAAUCAAGUAUUCGUCGGUACCACUGGAUAUCGCUAAUUGUAGAUGGAAACCAAGACAAGCAGUCGUCCAGCUAUGAUUACUGAUAGUCCAGCAUACCAUCCUGUCAGCGCCACCGCUGAGUCCUCUGUAACAAGAGACAGCGAUCCGGCAAUAGUGCGGAAGUGGAGACAGGUGCCUGACGGAGAACUCGCCGCCCUUCAAGCCGAAAACAAUGACCUGCGAAAACGGCUGGCAGACUGUGAGGAGAAUUUGUAUGCGGCUGCCACUGUUGGACAAAAUCUGCUAGAAGACUAUGAACGGCUUCGCGAACGUCUGAAGGAAGCCGAGGCAUUAAAUCGGGAUUCAGAGUCAACGCCACGCGCGAGCUCUUCUGAGCAACUGCGUAUGCUGGAGAAUGACUUUGAUUCGCUCACGUCGUCAAUGGAAAAGUUUGUUGGAAAAUUGUCUCCGUCCAACAGUCCAGAUGCAUCACCUGAACUGGGGAAGCGCGCCAGCAUAAGGCAAAAGGUAGCCCCUCGCACUCCACGUCGUUUGACGACUAACAAACCGAUGAAGCCACAGUCACCGCGAAAGAAUGCUAUGAAGGGGCCAACGUUUGUUGAUCCUACAUUAGCCUCCGACAUUGACAAUCAGUUACUCCAUCAUGUCCGGAGUUUGCAGCAGGAGUUGGGCCUCUCAAACGAGGAACGGAGAGAAUUGCAGGACAAGGUCGUAUGUCUUGAGUCUGAGCUGGAGGGUCUUCGGAAGCAGUAUGAUAAGACAUGUUCUACUGGAUCAAAGCUAGAUGACAAAGUCUGGGAUCUUGAGCUUCAUAAUCAGCAGCUUAAAGAUCACAUCGCGAAGGCGGAGGCAGAUUAUUUGCGGCUGAAAUACAGCAUGGAACAUACGGAAUCCGCCUAUCGGGAAUGCCUUGACCUAAUUGAAGUUCUCAAGAGCAAUGAGCAAAAAAAUGUUGAAGCAUUUGAACAAUCUAAAGCUCGAUUGGAGGGAGAAUUAAUGCGUGCUCGACGCACUAUCUCGCUCCUAGAAAGAGAGAAAUCAGAUUUAUCACAGACAUGCGAGAAGCUUGCGCGAGAAGCAGAGGAGACUACCUUCCCACGCCCUGAGAUGUCACCCCGGUCUUCGCGAUUCUUUCCGACAGUGGAACUUGAUGACACGCCGUCCUCUCCCGUUCCAUCAUCUAUGCCAUCCAGCCCCGAGCGCUCUCCGUCGAAGCACACCCUCUUUGUGGAAUCCUUAUCUGCGUCUCUGUCGCUUGCCCAUGAUCAGAUCCGUGAGUUGGAAGACUCUGCCGAAAGAUCGAAGGCUGAGCGGCUAGAGUUGAUGAAGCUCCUUGCGCAGGCGCAGGAGACUAUUGAAGCAUUUCAAGGUAAAGGUACAUCCACUCCCGAAGGAGGAAUGGCGGAGCACGUAAGAGAACAGUUGAGAACCGUCAUAAAAAUUGUCGAACGAGAGUCCCGGCAAGAAUUGAGGCCGCUUCCCUUGGAAGUGGACAGACCAGAAACAGGCUCAGUCACCGCCGAUGACGUGACUCCACAACUACGACCCGUUGCGCGGAAUUUACUGGAUGACUUCAGAGCGGUGGCAUUGCAAAGCGCUGGCAUUCGCAAUACGGAUGUACCGGAUGGAGACAUUUUGCCCUCAGCCCACUGCGAAAUGGACCCUACUGAUUUGCAUGCACCACAAUCUCCGUCUUCAAUCGACAUCGUGCUGAUGCCGGCAGGCGGGGAAAGGCGGACCGAUGAGAAACGAAAUGGGUUCAUAUUGCGGCAUGGGAAGAUGAUACCAGUAGUCGAAGGGGUCGUUCAAGAUGAUGACAUCGAAGAGUCGGCAACGAAGAUGACUUCCGAAAAGCUACUUGAAGUUGCACCACCUGCAGUCCCAAAAGGGCUUCUGAACCAUCGCGAUCAGGCCCAUAUUAGUGCAGCCCAAGCUGUUGAGCCGGACACAUUUUGUGCCGAUAAGGAACUGCGGUUGGGAACAACGAAUUUCAACCCGUCCGUCAGUGACGAUGCAAUCACGAUGUGCAAUGAGAUUGAGCCUGAGAAUCCGUUUGUCAGUAGCCCAAAUGGAUCGCUAGAACCUCAUCCUGUAAAUGGCCGACGUAUACCGGCAAAUACGAUCGGGAAAUCAACAUCCACAUCGUCGCUUGUCAACCAGUGUGUCGAACAUGCGACAACGACGAAGGUCAAUGGGAAAACAGAUGAUCACAGUCACUCUGAAACGGUGCAUGUGGUAUCACGUGCCAAUUCCUGUCCUUCCCUUCCAAUGUGCAAUGACAAGGAGGAUACACAGGUCGUCGCAAAGGAGCCUUUACCCUCCAAAUUAGAGCGUACAACCUCUGUUCCUUCCUUCCCGAAGUAUGACAGCUUGACAAAGACUUCGUCUCCAAUAGCCAUCAGCAAGACAAAGCCACUGAAAACUUGGGCGCCACUUCCGUACACGGGCCGCUUCUCACCAGCACCAUGGCCUAUGCCACCACCACAUCCACAGAAAAUGGUGCAAGCAACCCCGGUCCCCGCUCCGCCGUUGAGACCUACAACGAUACCCCCAUCUCCGACCCCUGAGGAGCGAUCAUCGGAGGAGCGCACUGAGGAGAACCCACUAAACGCGUCAACAAUAAGCAUUCCAAUGCCAGACCUACCAGCUCCGCCGGUAUCGCAGAGCAACGAAUCAGGACGAGCGAGCAAUGAAACCCAUAGAGAGGAGGAAGGCAGCCAUUCGGAUGAUUCUGAGCGUAACGCCUCAGUUACUUCCAGUACGGCAGGGCAUCGAUCAAGCUUGCGUAAUAGCAAGGGAGCGGGAAUUUCGACCACGCGAAGACGCAGCUCGGCUAUGAGACGCCGCAAGAGCAUGAAGACUAAUGAGAGCAAUAUAUUCAAUACCUUAUUAAAAAAUGCAAAGAGUGCCUCGAGCCUGACAAGUGUGGGACAGAGCACGGAGGAACGGGAGACAACUGCAAGCAAAGAUGACAAAAAGAAGAACGACAUUGAAUGCUUAACAUACACAAUGAUUGGAAGUUGGUUCCAGAAAUUUAACAGACAUAAUCGAAAUCCUCAAUUGCGAUACUUCUGGGUCAAUCCUUACUCUCGAGCGCUCAAUUGGGCCCCGAAACCACCGAGUCAGGGCAAGAAAAAUAUGCAAACGAAGACUGCUUUCAUAGUCUCUCUGAAAUGGGAUGACCCUGAUCGGCAAUAUAAGAACUAUCCUCCAGGGCCGGAACACGCGCUUGUCAUCCAAACUCCCCACAGAACUGUCAGAAUUGUACCAACCAAUUGGUAUGAUCACGGGCAGUGGGUGGGUGGUCUGACUUUGCUCCUGCAAAGGACCCAUCGUCCGAGACCAUUGCAUGAGCAGUUUGGAUUCAUGGACAAAGACGGCAACUUUGGACCAGAUAUUGUCCACGGUGAUGACAGUAUCCACGGUAGCAGUCUAGGAAGCAGGCAAAGCAUAAUGGUACCGAAGCCCAAGGAAGAUGAUGCAGACGAAGAUGGUGAGAGGGUGAAAGAUGAAAGGAUGACAUUUGAAGAGCUUGAGAGUGGUCCCGAGCCCACCCAGAAAACAGAGGUACAAUCUGAUUCCGAGACACCAGAUAGAAAACGCGGUAGAAUCGGGCGACGAAAUUCUCUGUGGAGUUCAAUGCAAUCAUUUGCUCGAUCAAAGCCAAAUAUGCAGCGGGAAGACCAUCCAACCACCGAGAUACCGCGGCCAACCACCAUCCGUAGAGAAACAUCUGGAUAUGAUUUGGGUCAGGAAAAACCUGGAACAGAGGUGCCUAAGCGAAUGCCAAGCUUUGGGGAUUUGCUGUCAGGGCGGAGAAGCGUUUCCGGCCACACCGACACGCGCGGUUGUCAAAGCAGGCGCGGUUCUAUGGUGAUUGGCGCUACGACAGACGACGAACGGGACCUACAAGACGUUGGCGCUGAAAAGGAAGCGGUACCCGACAGUCUGUAUCAGUUCCGAAGCUUUUUUGACAAUCUCGCAGCAAGCACUCCUUUGAAAAAAAUCAGGAGCAUUGGGGCAAUGAGGUGGAGCACGACAAGUCGACGCAAAAGUGUCAAUCGCAGUAUGCUAAGUCUGGAUGGCGCUGGCAUGCCUAGUAGUGGUACUCAAACCCCUGUGCCUUCAGGAGCAAGGUCUCCUGUCUCGUUGGACAUUCCAUUCGAGGAGGAAGGGGUGUCACAAAACAGCAGACCUGAAAUGGGCGUAAGGACACGGAGUCAGAGUUUUAGCUCUGGAGACCAGUUGGGCACAAGCAAUGGAAUGAGCCUCCUGAAUCUGAACGAUAUGAGCAGGAUUCCGAGGUUUUGAUACAGCAAAAUGUAUGUAACACGAAGUGGCAUAUCAAUCCAUUUUGCUUGUAUAUAAAGUAUCCCUAUAGCGCACCAAGAAUAAUAUCGUAAUAUAUAUCACUAGUAUGCAGCGAAAGGAAUGAAUACAAACAAUGCGGGCCUACUCAAGCAGUUGCAAACAUCCUAUUACCAAGGUUUCUGUCGUGCUAGAAUGAAACAUGUUGCCCAGAUAAAUUGACAUAUUAACAAAUG